CCGAAUUGCUCCGGCUGGAUUCAUCGUUAAGGGAAAGGCCGAGGGGCACAUAAGGAGAAAAAGGGGGCAGAGCAAGCAAACAGCUCCACAUCUGCGUUGGCAGCUCAAGCCGCGCGUCGGACCCUCCCCUGCUCUACUUCGCGCUCGCCUCCGUCUCUCAAGCGUAGCCUGCCGCACGAGUACCAUGGUGUAAGUUACGUCGUGCUCACCACCCCACAGUGGCCACCGUCUCUAAUUCCCUUCGCACUGUGUCUCUUUGCUCAUGUUCGGCAACCGCAGGGAAGACAAGAAGCGGAAGCCCUCGCGCGACUUUCCGGCGCACGCACAGGUGCCCGUGGGCAAGGUCCACCCCAAUGGGGUCUCCUCCAAAGUACGCGUGGAGCUCAACACUAUGGCGCCGUCCGUGCCGCCCAUGCAUGACCCGUUCCAUAUCCUCAACUUUGACGGGGACGACACCAGCCGCUCCAUGCCUCGCACAGGCUCCGUCAUGUCCGUGGAUUCCGUCUCCUCCGUGUUAUCAGUAGACGAUUCUUUCCAGUUUACAGGUGACGGUGACGAGGACGAGGAAGAUGUGGCCAAACUACCAAAAGAUCAGCGACCAGCUCAGCCAGCGGACGAACGCGAGUACUUUGAGCGGAUGUGGGCCGAGAACUUCAAGAACUCGGAGGCGCAGGUCAACAGCACGACUGGAUAUUUACCAGUCGGUGCUGCUGGUCGGUUGAACCGCAUUAAAGGGUUCUCCUUUGCACGAGACCAGGUGUCACACAAACUCUACGCUGUUUUUCGACUGGAAAUCGAGUGCAUUGUCAGUGAAAAGCAAUGGACGAUUUAUCGACGUUUCCACGACUUUAAACAGCUCGCGCAUCAAUUAAAAAACGAAUCGGUACGGGUUUCAGCGGUGCCUACCCGCACGUUAAUGCGCUCAUUGGACCCGAACUUCCUCCGUAAGCGCCAGUUGGAGCUGGACAGGUGGCUGCGUGAAGUGUUGAUGCUGAUCAGCCUCGAGAACUGCAAAGUGGACACAGACCGAUACCAUGAAUGCUGUGGGAACCGCGGCUUCCAUGCCAGUGUACGUCUUAUCCGCCAUUUUCUCACGCACAAAGCCAACGAACCACCAGUAUUCGAGGAAUCCGCUGCGUUUUCGUCUGGAUCGAAUGUUUUAUCCAACUCGUCUAGCGGAUUUUCGUUUUCAAAUUCUGGUUCAGGAAGACCACCACUGUUUAGCACAUCAGAGCAAAAGACCGACUCCGAGUCGAUGUCGUAUGAGGUGGAGGAAGGUGGUGGUAGUUCACGUGGUCGGAGAAUUCGCGUUGGUUCGGCAGACCAGCUACCUACAAGCUCACGUGGCGGCAGGAUCCGUGUGGACUCGACCGAUUCGACUAGUUCUCGUAGUGGAAGAGCACGCGGAGUCUCAGCUGACCACGGAUCAAGUUCACGUGGAGAACGGGCGCGUGUGAAGUCGUUACCUAAAGAGGAGCCGAUGGAUGACGGUCGGGAAGCUCCUUUCAAUGCGUCCACAGUGGCAGAGCAGCGACGAAGUGUGAUCCUUCAGGAUGUUGAUGACGAAGAUGAAGAUUAUGAUGAGCACAGCUCCAGAAGAGGAAGCAACAAGGUCUCGCUGAAGCACUUUGACGUGUUACGUAUGAUCGGCAAGGGAUCAUUCGGCAAGGUGUUGCUGGUGCGGAAGAAGCAUUCGUCUCAGUUGUUCGCCGUCAAGAUUCUGAGUAAACCUGCCAUUGUGAAGAAGCAGCAAGUAGAGCACACCAGGACAGAACGUCGUGUGUUGGCCUCAGUAUCACACCCGUUCGUGGUCUGUCUCCACUACGCUUUCCAGACAAAGGACAAACUGUAUUUCGUACUGGAUUACUGUCCAGGUGGAGACUUGUUCUUCCAUCUCAGUCGAUGUGGAUGCUUCCCCGAGGCCAUGGCCAAAUUUUAUGCUGCUGAGAUCGUUCUGGCGCUGAUCCAUUUGCACGAACAAGGUAUCGUGUACCGAGAUCUCAAGCCAGAAAACAUUAUGCUGGAUGUGGAUGGUCAUGUGAAGCUCGCAGACUUUGGUUUGGCCAAGGAAGGGAUUACUAGUGAACUCAAUGGGACGUACACAAUGUGUGGUACACCCGAGUAUCUGCCACCUGAGAUUCUGAACCGUGCUGGUCAUGGCACAGCUGUGGACUGGUGGAAUCUGGGUAUGGUGCUGUACGAAAUGCUGACGGGAAGACCGCCAUGGUACACACAAGACCGUCAGGAGCUAUUCAAUCGUCUCCGUGGAGCUGAGCUUGAGUUCCCGCAGGGAUUAACGCCUGAGGCUAUGAACCUCAUCGAAGGUCUACUCAUGCGUGACCCUGCCAAGCGUCUCGGGGCUAUCGAUGUCCGUGAGAUCACGUAUCACCCGUUCUUUGCGGAAAUCGACUGGAACUUGCUAUAUAAUCGCCAGGUGCAGCCUCUGUAUCGCCCGUGCCAGUACACUGACCCGAUUGAUGCUGCUAAUUUUGAGGAGGAGUUUACCAAGCUGCCACUAGCCCAAAUUGAUAGUGCUGGUCUCAGUGUUGCUACAAGUGAACUGCAAGAAAAGAGCGGCAACGAUGGAGCGUCUGGAAGAGACCCGGCCGACAAUGUGGCUGCUGCUGCUGAAGCAGCGGGAAUUGCAGGUAUGCCCAAUGGCAUUGCUGGCAGCACUGGUACGAGCAUUAGCAGCAGCGAGCGCAAUAGCACGCUACGGAACUUAUCGUACACUUUUGCUGGCUUCACGUACGACGGGACCAAUCCGUCCAUCGCGAGGUCGGGCAGUUUCGCGCAAUCCUCUCGAUCAAGUUACAUGAACGGCGAAUGAGCUUGAUACAUUAUAAAUUCAAGAGCUGGAUGCCACUACACAAAUUGAUUUCUUCAGGUCGGAAGCAGAUCCUGAAGUUUCUGAGUGCAAAGAAUGUAAUUAAUCGUCAUGUUCUACUCGUUCUUGUGUGUAAGCAUUGGAGUGGAGUCUUGGCUUUAGUUGUUCGAUGCAGCAAACGUGGCACACUCCACCGUGUUCUUGAGCAGCAUGGCGAUCGUCAUGGGGCCAAUACCACCAGGCACGGGAGUGAUAGCAGAGACGCGCUCACUAGCAGCAGCAAAGUCCACGUCGCCCAGAAUCUUGUAUCCCUUCUUACUGGUAGCGUCGUCCACGUAGUUGAUACCAACAUCCACGACCACGGCUCCUUCAGCCAGCCAGUCGCCCUUCACUAGUUCCGGUUGGCCAGUUCCAACGAAAACAACCUCUGCCUGCCGGACCUUGUCUGCCAAGUUUUUGGUCUUCGAGUGGCAAGUAGUCACCGUUGCAUUAGCAGCAAGCAGCAUAAGCGACAGAGGCAGACCGACGAGCUGUCCGCGGCCGAUGACGACCACGUCCUUGCCCGCCAGCUCGAUGCCGUUACGAGAUAGGAUCUCUAGACAACCCGCAGGCGUGCAAGGCUGCAGCUGCAGCGUCUUAACUGAUCCGUCCUCUUUCUUCUUAGGCUCUGCUAGCCGCGCAAAAUGGUGCGAGUGCAGUCCGUCGACGUCCUUAAAUGGACUAAUUGUCUCCAGUAGCUCCUCCUCGUGAGGCUUCAAGUGGUCAGGCAGCGGCAAUUGCAAUAAGAUGCCGUGGACAUUGAUAUCGGUGUUGAGUGACUGGAUCAGAGCCAGCAGCUCCGCGAAUUCGAUGGACUCGGCAAGCUCAUGCACCUGCGGCAUGAUACCUACGCGCGUGCAGGCGUUCUUUUUGAGCCGAACAUACGUCUUGGAAUCCUGGUUGGUGCCGAUGAGCAGCAACGCCAGAGUGGGUGUCACGCUGAGCGUCGGGACCAGCUCCUUGAGCUCGGCCUCAAUCUCCUUGCUGCACGCCUUGCCGUCCAAGAGCUUCACCAUGAUGCAAUGAUGAUGAAUGGUACGCGAUCGAGGAUGGGAUAUGCUGGAAGACAGGAUUUCAUAAUAUCAGUAAGCUGUUGAAGAAAACUUAAUCUAAGUACUGAUAGAAUUGAUGAAGUGCUUUGUAUCGUCCACGUAGGCUCAGCGUUAAAGCUACUAGCAGAUGAAGUGAGGCACGCG